GUGGAGGACCAGGACGAGGACGAGGAGGAGGCCGACGAUGAGGACGAGGAGGAGGAGGACUACGACGACGAAGAUUCAGGAGCUGUACAGUCUGGAACAAGUGAAGGGGAUGUAGAGGACUGGUUCAGCGGAAGUGGGUCCUGGCGGAGGCCCAGAACGUCCUGGUGAAGCAGUCUUUGGGGAUCGUCACCUCCGAGGGCGACUCCGAGAUCCUGCACUGUUCCAUCUCCGCUCAGAAAGGGGGGCCCCCUCUGCGGAUCCUGGGGUUCUCCUGGUGGCGGGGGACUCCUGAGACCCGAUGGUCCAUCUUCAACUCCAGAACCAACUUCACCCACUCGGAUUACCGGGGCCGGGUCUCCAUGGAGCAGGACCUCCAGCGGGGGUUCAGUUCCUUCAACAUCCAACGCCUGCGGAAGAGCGACGAGGACGUGUUCUUUUGCAGUGUCGACGUUGUGACCGAGGGCAAAGAGGUCACCUACUGGAGCCAGGAAGGGGCCAACAUCACUUUCGCGGAAGACACCCCGAGAUUCCUGAUCGUGCAACCGGAGGCCCUGUCGGCCCCCGAGGGAGGCUCCGUCAUCAUCUCCUGCCUCUUCGUCCCCCCGCCGGGCCUUGGGCCCCUGAGCAACGUGAGGGUCUACUGGAGGCGGGACCACUUCAACGGCCUAGUCAUCUUCCAGGCCUUCCCGCCCGCCACCCCGGAUCCGGACUACGAGGGCCGAGUGACCCUGGUGGGGAACCUGGAGGCCGGGAACGCGUCCAUCCGGAUCUCCGGCCUGCGGCCCCUGGACCAAACCACCUACUUCUGUUACAUCUCCGGCCGCCUCGCCCACGGGCGGGAGGUCCAGCGGCAGAGCUCCGUGGGAACCCCCCUCACCGUGACAGCGAGGUCGACCGGCCAGUUGAUCACCCAGCCCGGGCACCGGCAGGCCCUCAACCUGCUCAAUGGCAGCCGUCUCCCGGAGGAGGCCGGCGACUCCGGAGGAUCCGGCCUCAGAGCCCUGUUUUUCUCGCCCUUGGACCUGGCCCUGCUCCUCGCUCUCUCCCUGACCCUGAAAAUCGGCACCUGUGUAGCCGUGUUCCUGAAACUCCAGGGCGGGGAGAGGGGCGGCCCCGGAGGGGUCUCCGGCCCCCCGGACCCCCUUCCCGCCGCCAGGCAGGAGCCACAAGCCCCCCGGCCCCCCGGCCCCGACCAGGCCGAGCCCAGCGAGGGACCCCAAGAAGUCCAGUAA